AUGGCAUCCCCUCCGCCCUCGCCGUCCCCCGCCGCGCUCAUCGCGCAUCUCGCCGGGUCGCCCGCGCCGUCCCGCCACCUCCUCGACAUCUCACUCCCGGUCGUGCUCCGCCUCCACGCCCUCUCCCCGCCGACGCUCCGUCCACUCUUCGACCGCCCCUUCCGCUUCCUCCUCACCCGCUUCUCCCGCUACGCGCUGACGCCGCUGAUGGUCCGGCUAUUCGCCCACAUGUACCACCGCGCCCCGCCUGCACCUACGGGUGCUACCUACAAUGCACUCAUCCGUGCCCUCUGCCGCCGCGCCGAUCUCCGCCACGCCCAACGGUACCUCAGCCUCAUGGUCCGCUCCGGUUGGCGCCCCGACGCCUUCACGUUCAACUCCCUGAUAUUGGGUUACUGCCGCACGCAGCAGCUGGAAGUAGCCCAAGACCUGUUCGACAAAAUGCCGUUUAGAGGGUUCUCACAAGAUGCAGUCGCUUACACUGCUCUAAUCGAAGGAUUUUGUGAGUCAGGGAGGAUUGAUGAGGCACUGGAGUUGUUCAGGGAGAUGGAGCAACCAGACAUGUACACGCACGCGGCCUUGGUAAAGGGGCUGUGUGAUGCCCGGAGAGGGGAGGAGGGUCUAUGUAUGCUGCAGAAGAUGAAGGAGCUGGGAUGGAGGCCAACCAACCGUGCCUAUGCAGCACUGGUCGAUUUAUGGUGUAGGGAACGGAAGGCUGAAGAGGCUGAGAAAAUGCUGAAUGAGAUGUUUGACAAUGGGUUGGUGCCUUGUGUUGUAACAUGCACCGCUGUCAUGAAUGCAUACUGCAGGGAGGCGAGGAUGAGUGAUGCAUUGAGGGUGUUUGAAUCCAUGAAGUUGAAAGGGUGUGAACCAAAUGUCUGGACAUACAAUGCAAUGGUGCAAGGUUUCUGUAAUGUUGGGAAAGUGUACAAAGCAAUGGCUUUGUUGGACCAGAUGAGAGAAUGUGGAAUAGAGCCAGAUGUUGUGACAUACAAUUUGUUGAUUCGAGGCCAAUGCAUUGAUGGGCAUAUAGAGAGCACUUUCAGAUUACUCCGUUUGAUGCAAGGAAAUGGUUUAGCUGCUGAUCAGUACAUUUACAAUGUGUUGAUUGAUGCUCUUUGUAAGACUGGGAAAGUUGAUGAAGCUUUCUCUCUUUUUGAUGGCCUAGAAUAUAGAGGCAUAAGACCUAAUUCUGUGACAUUCAAUACGGUGAUAAAUGGUUUAUGCAAGGCUGGUAAAUUCGAUGUUGCUUGCACAUUUUUGGAAAAGAUGGUUUCAGCAGGUUGUGCACCCGAUACCUAUACAUAUAGUCCAUUCAUUGAAAAUCUAUGCGAGACGAAGGGAUCACAAGCAGGAUUAUCCUUUAUAGAUGAGAUGCUACAAAAGGAUGUCAUGCCUUCGACGGUUAAUUAUACAAUUGUAAUUGACAGACUUUUCAAGGAGAUGAACUAUGGAUUAGCCACAAGAAUUUGGGGGCAAAUGGUGUCACUGGGGUGCAGUCCUGAUGUUGUCACUUAUACUACUUCUGUGCGUGCAUACUGCAAUGAAGGCAGGCUUGAUGAAGCAGAAAAUGUUGUGAUGGAGAUGAAAAAAGAGGAGGCUAGCAGAACACGUACUUCUGUGUGGAAGACUAUAGAGCUUGCUGAUGUCUUUGAAUUAUUUGAGCUAAUGAAGAAGAACAGCGUUCCUUCUAGUGCAAGAGCUUAUUUGGCCAUCCUGGAGGCGUUUUCUGAAGAUAGAAAAUUGGAUGAGGUGACUUCCUUGGUUUCUUGUAUGAAAGAAGAUAAUCUACCUCUGAAUGAAGAUAUAUACACUGCUCUUAUUAAUUGCUUUUGUAAAUUGAGGAUAUAUCCUGAUGCUUGGGCAUUGCUUUGCUCCAUGAUUGGACAUGGUUUUUUACCAAACUUAAUAUCUUACCAGCAACUGCUUUCUGGGCUUACUGCUGAAGGACAAGCAGAUAGAGCUAAAGAAAUAUUCAGAGGUUUGAGAUGGAAAGAGUACAAUACCGAUGAAAUUGUAUGGAAAGUUAUAAUUGAUGGCUUGAUAAGAAAGGGUCAUCCAGAUAUGUGCCAUGACAUGAUAUCCAUAUUAGAACAGAUGAAAUGCAAACCAAGUGAUGAAACGUAUGCAAUGCUGACAGAGGAAUUGUCCACCAGGGAAUAG